AUGCCUGGUGUUCCAAGAAGCAGAGGCUGUAAUACUUGUCUGAAGCAAAAGAAGAAAUGUGACCAAGCCAAGCCAGCUUGCUCAAGAUGUGCUCGGCUUGGAGUACCCUGUGUCGGUUCAGGCGAACAGAAAUAUGUCUUCAAGCCAGUAUCAUUCACCAAGCCAUCCAAAGCCAGCUUUCAAAGAACAAGAAAACGCGAGCAAUCCUCUCCGGUAUCCAUCUUACAUAAACCCCAGAACUCAUCAACUCUUCUCGAGGCCAAGCUUGUUGCGGCACUGAAAAUAACAGACCUUCGAUACGGUCUUCACUGUUAUGGUGUCUUCCUGGAGCAUAUUCCCAACAGGCUUGGCCGCAUCCAUUCUCUCGAUGCUUCAGUUGAUUUAAUGAUGAGUGCCUUGCCUUAUCAUUACACACAUGACAUCCCAUCUGAGGUUCUGGCCAAGUAUGACUGUGUUUUGAAAGUAUUGAAAGCUUCCCUGAAUAUAACGGGCACACGGCUCAGUCCCGAGUAUCUUGCGGCCUUUCAAAUUAUGACGAUAUGCCAGAGCUGGCUGGGACGAGCAAAUAAUGACUUGAAAAGUCAUGGACAGAUUCUUGCGCGGUUUAUGGAUACAGCAACCGAAAAGAGUUGGAGUGGCACUUUUGAACUUAAGUUACUUGAGACCUCACUGAUGGCUCUAUUUCUCGAAGCUCUAAUCGACCCAGUCAUCAGCAUGGCAGAUCAUAUCCCUCUCAUAACCUCACAGUCACGCCAGAACGCAUACAAUCAAGAUCAGGAUUUUCAUAUUCAAAGUUUUCAAGUACAAAGAUUGCCCAGGAUACCAAAGUUUUUGCAUGAGCCUCUGCGAUAUAUGGACGAAAUCAAAACCACAUAUCAAGAGAUGCGAGACAAUCACGCAAGAAUACAGCGCCACCUCGAGAGUCUAAAGAGGCAGAAAUCUCCUUCUGAAGACUUACGCGGUCGACCAAAGCUUAGCCACAAGCUCCGCGUCAUGGGUGCGAUCCUUCUUACGGCAGCAAUAGUUUUGAAUCGCAUACUCCGAGCAAUAUAUCCAGACGAUAGCGUUUUACUUCUAGAAGCAUCAACCUUGGCGAACGAACUUAUCACCCUUGCUAAAAUGGCAUCCCAUCACAGACCUCUUGGUGCCAGCUAUAUCCCACCAUGCCUGGUAGCUGUGUGGGCGACGACGAGUGCUUUGGAAACCCAACAGAAUGAGAUUGAGCUGUUGCUCGCGGAAUAUCAACAGGACUAUGCUCGCAUAAAUUGGAUGGACCAGGCCGUAUUACUGGAGUCAUUAAAUGGAACAAUCCUGGGGCGACUAUCUGGAUCGAAUAGCCGCGAUGAGAAGUCUAAUAACGAGGGAAAUCUCGAGAUGUUGAUGGUCCACUGUAGAGCUGCGUUUGGAUCCAUUGGAUGUUGCUUCUUCACUUCAAACUGAGACUCUUGGUCAUCAAGCCUCGACAGUUCACAAUGGGUAUGGUAGCUGGCCAGAAAAGUAAGACUCGGCCCCUGUUGA